CUUGUCCAAGAGCUGACCCCGGGCCUGCCGCCCUUUCCUCGGCUGGAUCAGGGCUGUCCGCAGUCCGCUCUCCCGAUCGGGCUUCCGAAGAAGGGAGGAGGCCGGUUCCGGCCCCACGGCCCUCACGUGCUUUCCCGGCCGCCCCUCCCGCCCCGCAUCGAGGCAGACAAGCCUGUUCCUCUUCCCUUGGCUGCGAUUGCGACAGGCCGGCCUGGCUCCCAGCGCUCCCUGUCCCCGCCCCGCGGCCAGCUCGCUCCACUCCCACUUCCUGAGCUCCGCCGUGGGAGCCCUGGAGGCCCGGCCUGGCCGCUCCCGGCCCUGGGGGGCACAUCGGCCCUGAGUCCCGUCCCGGGCUCUGGACUCGGGCUGCUGCCGCCACCGCGGGCGUCGGGCCUCCUGCCUUCCUCCCAGGCCCCCACGCUGCUGGCCGCCUGGCCGAGUGGCCGCCAUGCUCCUGCCUUGGGCCACCUCUGCCCCCCGCCUGGCCUGGGGGCCUCUGGUGCUGGGCCUCUUCGGGCUACUGGCAGCAUCCCAGCCCCAGGUGGUACCUCCAUAUGGGUCGAAGAACCAGACCUGCAGGGACCAGGGAAAGGAAUACUAUGAGCCCCAGCACCGCAUCUGCUGCUCCCGCUGCCCACCAGGUGAGAGGCAAUGGCAGGACGAACCUGGGCCUCGGAAGUGGGUCACGGGGGCUCCAACCCCCUUGCGGCCUCAGAGGGAAGGCACCUACGUCUCAGCUAAAUGUAGCCGCAUCCGGGACACAGUUUGUGCCACAUGUGCCGAAAAUUCCUACAACGAGCACUGGAACUACCUGACCAUCUGCCAGCUGUGCCGCCCCUGUGACCCAGUGAUGGGCCUCGAGGAGAUUGCCCCCUGCACAAGCAAACGGAAGACCCAGUGCCGCUGCCAGCCGGGAAUGUUCUGUGCUGCCUGGGCCCUCGAGUGUACACACUGCGAGCUACUUUCUGACUGCCCGCCUGGCACUGAAGCCGAGCUCAAAGAUGACGCUGGGAAGGGUAACAACCACUGUGUCCCCUGCAAGGCAGGGCACUUCCAGAAUACCUCCUCCCCCGGCGCCCGCUGCCAGCCCCACACCAGGUGUGAGGACCAAGGUCUGGUGGAGGCAGCUCCAGGCACUGCCCAGUCCGACACAACCUGCGGAAAUCCAUCAGAGCCACUGCCCCCAGAGAUGUCAGGAACCAUGCUGAUGCUGGCCAUCCUGCUGCCGCUGGCCUUCUUUCUGCUCCUUGCCACCGUCUUCGCCUGCAUCUGGAAGAGCCACCCUUCUCUCUGCAGGAAACUGGGAUCGCUGCUCAAGAGGCGUCCACAGGGAGAGGGACCCAACCCUGUAGCUGGAAGCUGGGAGCCUCCGAAGGCCCAUCCACACUUCCCUGACCUGGUAGAGCCACUGCUACCCAUCUCUGGAGAUGUUUCCCCAGUAUCCACUGGGCUCCCCACAGCCCCAGUUUUGGAGGCAGGGGUGCCGCAACAGCAGAGUCCCCUGGACCUGACCAGGGAGCCGCAGUUGGAACCUGGGGAGCAGAGCCAGGUGGCCCACGGUACCAAUGGCAUUCAUGUCACUGGCGGGUCUAUGACUAUCACUGGCAACAUCUACAUCUACAAUGGACCAGUACUGGGGGGACCACCGGGUCCUGGAGACCUCCCAGCUACCCCCGAACCUCCAUACCCCAUUCCCGAAGAGGGGGACCCUGGCCCUCCCGGUCUCUCUACACCCCACCAGGAAGAUGGCAAGGCUUGGCACCUGGCGGAGACAGAGCACUGUGGUGCCACACCCUCUAACAGGGGCCCAAGGAACCAAUUUAUCACCCAUGACUGACGGUGUCUGAGAAAAGGCAGAAGAAGGGAGGCACAAGGGCACCUUCUCCGUUGAGGCCGCCCUGCCCAUGUGAGAUUCACAGGGGGGCUGAGUAGGGCCCGGGGAGGCAGAGCCCUAAGGGACUAAGGCUCAGACACCUCUGAGAGCAGGUGGGCACUGGCUGGGUACAGUGCCCUCCACAGGACUCUCCCUACUGCCUGAGCAAACCUGAGGCCUCCUGGCAGACCCACCCACCCUCUGGGGCUGCUCAGCCUCAGGCACGGACAGGGCACAUGAUACCAACUGCUGCCCACUAUGGCACGCUGCACCGGAGCACGAUGCCGAGGGAGCCGCCACACAGUCACCUGCAAGGACGUCACCGGGCCCUCUAAAGGAUUCGUGGUGCUCAUCCCCAAGCUUCAGAGGCCCUUUGGGGUUCCACACUUCACAUGGACUGAGGUAGACCCUGCAUGAAGAUGAAAUAUAGGGAGGACGCUCCUUCCCUCCCCUCCUAGAGGAGAGGAAAGGGAGUCAUUAACAACUAGGGGGUUGGGUAGGAUUCCUAGGUAUGGGGAAGAGUUUUGGAAGGGGAGGAAAAUGGCAAGUGUAUUUAUAUUGUAACCACAUGCAAAUAAAAAGAAUGGGACCUAGAUAA